AGACAGAAACAUCAGACUGAGGACAGAAACACACCAGCUCUGAGAAAUGGCUCAAACUCUAUAUUCCCCUCUUCUCCUCAUUGCUCUCUGCUCCAUAUCUGAAUGUGUUCAGCGUCAGUAUCACUUUAUAAAUGAGAACAAGAACUGGACUGAAGCUCAGAGAUACUGCAGAGAGAAAUACACAGAUCUGGCCACUGUUGACAACAUGAAUGACAUGAUCCAGCUGAAGAAGAUUGUGAAUGCUGUAAAUGAUGAGUAUAUCUGGAUUGGUCUUCAGAAGACGAGUGUUUAUAAAUGGCAUUGGUCUUCAGGUGAUCCUGUGCUCUUUAUGAACUGGUAUUUUGGAGAACCAGCUGACAGUGAUAAUUGUACUAUGAUGAGAAAUGGACAGUGGUUUGUUGUGCCAUGUAGUAACACCUCAUUCUUCAUCUGCUUCAACACCAGCAGAGGACUGGUGUUUGUCAAACAGACAAUGAACUGGAGAGAUGCUCAGAGUUACUGCAGACAGAAUCACAUUGAUCUGGUCAGUGUGAGGAACCAGAAUGAGAAUCAACAGCUGGAGAAGUUCAUUAAUGACAGAAAAUCAUCUGGAUCUACAGUCUGGAUCGGUCUGUUCAGAGACUCAUGGCAGUGGUCAGAUCAGAGCAGCUCCUCAUUCAGAUACUGGGAUAACAAUCAACCUGAUAAUAGAGGAGGAAUUGAAAACUGUACAGUGAUCACUCAGAAUGUUCAGAGACAAUGGCAUGACAUCUCUUGUGAACAUCAUUUCUGCUUUGUUUUGUGUCCAGAUAAACUGCUUGUGGUCCAGCAGAAUCUGUUGUGGUCUGAAGCUCUGAGAUACUGCAGACAGCAUCAUGUGGAUCUGGUCUCGGUUCAGUCAGAGGAGAUGCAGUAUAAGGUGAUGAACGUGGUUAAACUGGCAUCUACUGAGGCGGUGUGGUUGGGUUUACGUCACUCCUGUGCUUUGGGCAUCUGGUUCUGGGUGAGAAGACAGACCGUGUGCUAUCAGAACUGGGCUCCAGGGAACGGCACAUCAGAGGAGGACUGUGAGCCCACAGUGAGAUCUGGAGCAGUUCAGUCUGGAGAAAAUCAGACCUGGAUCAGCUGCCCAGAAACUGACACACUCAACUUCAUCUGCAGAAAUUAUUAAGUCAAAGACUGGU